GGAGUAUAUCUUCUCGAAGUGUUCUCGGUGUUCUACAAGGUUCCUUUUCCAAAUUGACAUCGCUUCCCUUUCCCGGCCGCCUUGUCGAGAUUAAAUUGCCGACCCAGAAAAAAAAAGGUACAAACCAAACGCGUCCCACGAAGCCCACCCAUAAUCAUCACAUCUUCCACGAGUGCAUUCGGGGAAAGACAUCCAUGUUCUGCAUUGCAUUUUGCAGGUAGAAUUUGCAACUCCGACCUAUCACUGCCAAUUGAAAUUCCCAUCAGGACGUUCCCCGCGCAUAGUCGACUUUGGCAAAAAGACGAUAAGCAUUGUGAAUGCCCCUGAACUUAAACUAUGGGGCUUUCGACAAUUCACUAAUAAAAUCAUUCGACUCGAGUCCUUUGUUGGAAGAAGGUUCGAUAGAUUGAGUGAGUGAGUGAAGCCGACGGGCGUUUUAAUUUCUGCUGAAAAGCUUUUGGAAUCGGCAACGGCAACGGCAAUAGCAACAGCAACAGCAACAGCGACAGCGACAGCACGUUCAAAUGGAUCUCGUAUGUCUCUUAGUAUAACUGCACAGGAGUUCGCACACUGACUGCUAAGAUCCUUUGGACACAUGCGUUGAUGUGGUAACCUUUUCUGAAAGAUUUCUGGAGUAUUAAUCGACCAAAGGCUCUCAAGGUUUUCGAUCAGAUAGAUCAACAUUCGUUCUUCUACUUUCAUUUACUCUACAUUCUCGGACCAUCUACUCAAUCUUGCUAGCAAUUAGCCACUGCGAACAGAGUCUCACCCAUUUUCUGCACCAACCCCAAUCUUCUGGCGCAUUUAAACAAAAUUGGGAUCUUUGAAACACUUUUUCAAUUGUUUGUGGUUUUGAAGGUGGUGUACGGUGUCAAUGCUUGUAUCAAAAUCAUCCUAAACCAUCCUAAACCUACCGAUCAUCUAUAGUAGGCGCGAGUACGUCCGAUCCUUACACAGAGCGCCAUGGAGGCUCCCCCACCAAUACCACAUCGUUCACGACAACAUUCCCGUCGAAAAUCUCUAUCAGGUCCUUCGGCGCACUCCUCAAACCGUAUAUCUGUACAGCCUGCAUCGCCCGAGGUGAUAUCUUCUUUAAUUACAUCUCUCUCCAUCAUAUCCUCUCCUGCGAAUGAUCUUUUUGAGAAUCACUCAAAUUCAGCGUCACCAUCUGCAUCGACGACCUCUUUCUCCCAUCCCGAUCUACGACCAUCAUAUACUAGGACAAGUUCAGGAGGAAGUUUUGGCAUAGAUUACGGAGCAUUUAGGCAACCUUCAUUGCGCGAACUCAUUGAGGAAGAAUCGCUCGAUGAACUGGCUGCGAGUCCUCCUGUUAUUAAAACAUCGAAGCCUCCAUCGGGAUUCUCUCCGUUAACUGCACCAAAAUCGCCAGCGACAGAUUCUAGAUCCAACUCUUUGAAGAACUUUCUGCGCCGACCGGGUUCGAAGGGUUCACAAGGAUCAAAAGAAAAAGAUGAUUCGAGCACAAUCGGGAGUUUAUCAAUAGAGCCUGGUUACGCUCCGAUACCAAAAUUGGAAAGGAAAAGGUCAACGGAUAGUUGGGAUAAAAAGCAGGGUAGAAAUAACAAAGGACUGAUGUAUAUGAGUUCAAAAGAGAGACUCAGAGAAAACGCAUCGGAAAAGACACGGAAUUUCAAAGGCCUUGGGCUUGAUCGUCUGCCCAUAUCUAAUUUUGAUCAACCAACUUUCAUGGCCGAAACUCCUAUCACUGAGGAGCCUCCCUCAUUAGGCAAGCACAGCAUUCUCAGACUCGACACUACACAAGCGCCCCCAAUUCCUCGCCGUUGGUCUCCAUCGAUGGCGAAUAGUCCUGGCGGCAUUGGAUCAGGUAGAUUUAUUCCCGCACGAGAUUCAUCUCUUCGAAAACCGGCGGCUCAAACGAAGAAACGCGAUUCAAAAUUAGCAAGUAGGCAAAGUGAUAUGGAUCGUGAAAGAGAGAAGGAUGUCAUUAACGAGCGCGAGGAAGCUCAGAGCAGGGCAAGUUCUGAAUCUGGAGAAUCCACAAAUCUGAAAGUGCCUAUUGAGGUGUUCCAACCCCCUUCAUCUAUAUCUACAACGCUAGCCAGCAAACAAGAUGAGGAUUUUGCACAGAACAAUGAGCAUCCAGCCGUUGAGGAUGAUCUUGAUUGUGCCCCUGCACCUGUUAUUACUCAACGAAGAUCACAAACUCAUCCAAGUCCCACCAAAAACAAGAGAUCAUCUAGUCAGAAAAGACAAUCUGGUGGGAUGUCACCUGAUCCGUCAGAGCUAAAGAUAAAACGAAGUAGUUCACGGCUAAAGCGAUUAUCCGGACCUCUAACUCCUGCUAAUUCGGACUAUGAUACCUCUAAAAAGAACCCUUCUAGACCUGGCUCUAGAGUCGUUUCCCCCGAACUACCGAGACCUGCUUCUGUAUUUGUUGAUCCUCGUCCUAGUAGUGCAGAUUCCAUUGAUGAUGCCGUUACAACUUAUCUUGCAUCUCCACGCUUGUCACAAAAAAUUAGACACCCUACAAGCGGUCGAACUAUUUCAUUCUCAGAAGUAGGCGAUCCGGAGGGCUCAGCAGUAUUCUGUUGCGUUGGAAUGGGUCUGACAAGAUAUAUCACCGCUUUUUACGAUGAGCUUGCCCUAGCACUGAAGUUACGACUGAUCACGCCGGAUAGACCAGGAGUUGGACAGAGUGAGCCAUAUACUGAUGGCACAGCGACUCCACUGAGUUGGCCUGAUGAUGUAUACGCAAUAUGUCAAGCUUUGAGGAUAACAAAAUUCUCCAUACUUGCACAUUCAGCAGGUGCGAUAUAUGCUCUCGCAACAGCAUUGCGAAUGCCACAGCAUAUUCGCGGCCGCAUUCAUCUACUUGCCCCUUGGAUUCCCCCUUCACAAUUGACAACAUUUGGUACACAGACAGUAUCGCCACCUGCGAAUUCUAUACCUACAUCUCAGCGUAUACUUCGUGCUCUUCCGACCACAAUUCUCAAGGUUGCAAAUUCUAGUUUCAUGAGUGCCACCAGUAGCUCGGUUACAAGCAGUCUUCCAAAACAAAAGAGAACUAAGCGCAAGUCAACAUCCACCGCUCGAGAUACUCCGACACCGAGUGGUAGAACCAACGCACUUACCCCAGGUCUGGACAAGGAGAAUCAAAAGUUUGAUCCUUCGAAAAGACCAGAAUCUACUGUACCGGAAUCAAUGGAGCAAGCAGCAUCAGAUCCGAAUGAUCCGAACCAUGAUGCCGCAAUAUUAGCAGUGGCUGCGAGUACAUUAGCCGACAAAGAAAGACAAAUGACCUAUGAUACACGUUUAACACAUGCUAUAUGGGAUCUAGCAACUGUCGGCGCGAAUCCCGCUGUGGAUUUACUGGUAUGCCUGGAGAGAAGGCAUACUAUUGGAUUUCGUUAUGUAGAUAUCACACGCUCGACAGUCAUUCACCAUGGAAGUAAAGAUACGAGAGUCCCUGUUGAAAAUGUCCGAUGGUUGGGCAAAACAAUGAAGAGAUGUGAAGUAAGAGUCUUGGAAGGAGAAGGACAUGGAUUAAUGGCCUCGGCUACAGUGAUGGGUGGUGUUCUCAUGGAAAUCGCACGAGAAUGGGAGGAUUGGAUUGAGAUCACGGGGUCUACGAAAGGUGAUGGAGGGAAAAGAACCCUGAGAGAAAGAGCGAGUGUGGGUGCUUUCAGGUGAGGGAUUAUUGGGCGGUGUGUAUGCUUCUGGAGUGGCAUGUUAUGAUUGAUUAAGUGGAAAUACCCAGCGAGGAUAAAAGUUGGAUGGCGCUAGAUGAUUGAUACACACAUGUAUUUUUUCCUUUGUCAAAGUUAUUCGCAGGACGAGGUAGUGAACGGGAGCAAUUUUUCUUUUGUAACGACUUGUACGAUUGCCAUACAUACCUAUGUAAUAUGCCCUUUAAAAACUUAGCUUAAUACAUAAUAAGAAUAUAUUAGAUGAUACA